UACUAAUUCAUAAACCAACUCUCUCUCUCUCUCUCUCUGCAACUCUUUGUCUUAAAGAAGACGAAACUCUCUCUCUCCUCUCUCAGUGUUUCUCACUGAGAAAUAGCUAAAAGCACAAUGUUCCUCGCUUUUGAUUCGAAAACCAUGUGAGAUAUCUGACACAUUCUCUUCCUCUCUCGCUCUCUCUAUUCUUUUUUUCUACUUCUUCUUCUUCUUCUUUCUUUUUUUUUCUUCUACUAGUGCUAAGUUCGAAUCGCUUUGUGUUGACUCGUCCGAGUCACUAACUCAGUGAUUCGACUCCGAGACUCGAAUGGCCUCGUCCUCCCGCGCAAGGAGCAGCUCGCCGUUCUCGUAUCGCAAACCCUCGACACCGUACUCUUCAACUUCGUCGUCUUCUUCCUUCAUGAGCAGCCGUAUAGUUCCUCGCUCUUGCUCUUCUUCAGCUUCGUCGUAUAUCAACUCGGGAGGUGGACUCGGAGCUAGUGGCUCCCGAUCCAUGACUCCGAGUCGGAGUCGUUCAGAUUCAAUGUACUCCGGUCCACGUGGCUACAACGGUCGCUCGCCGGUUGGUUUUCCUUCCGACGACUUGAUCGCCGAGCCGCUUGAGGUGGUUCGGUCCGGGUCAGGGGAUAGCAUUUCGGUGACGAUUCGGUUCAGACCGUUGAGUGAGAGAGAGUAUCAGAGAGGGGAUGAGAUCUCGUGGUACGCAGAUGGAGAUAAGAUUGUGAGGAACCAGUAUAAUCCAGCUACGGCUUAUGCAUUUGAUAGGGUUUUUGGACCACAUACGGCUUCACAGGAAGUGUAUGAUGUAGCGGCAAAGCCAGUAGUCAAGGCCGCAAUGGAAGGCGUUAAUGGAACUGUUUUUGCCUAUGGUGUUACAAGUAGUGGGAAGACACACACUAUGCAUGGAGAUCAAAGUUCUCCUGGCGUUAUACCACUGGCUAUAAAGGAUGUUUUUAGCAUGAUCCAAGAUACUCCAGGAAGAGAGUUCUUACUCCGCGUGUCUUAUCUUGAAAUCUAUAAUGAGGUGAUAAAUGACUUGCUUGAUCCAACAGGUCAGAAUUUGCGUGUUAGAGAAGAUGCACAGGGUACCUAUGUCGAGGGUAUAAAAGAAGAAGUGGUUUUGUCUCCUGGACAUGCACUUUCCUUCAUUGCUGCUGGGGAAGAGCAUCGUCAUGUUGGAUCAAAUAAUUUCAAUCUGUUGAGUAGCCGAAGUCACACCAUAUUUACACUGAUGAUUGAAAGUAGUGCCCACGGUGAUGAGUACGAUGGAGUGAUCUUCUCUCAACUCAAUUUGAUUGAUCUUGCCGGAUCUGAGAGCUCAAAAACUGAAACGACUGGACUACGGAGAAAGGAAGGAUCUUACAUAAACAAAAGUCUUCUAACUCUUGGAACGGUAAUUGGAAAGCUGAGUGAGGGGAAGGCAUCUCAUGUUCCCUACCGAGAUUCUAAGCUUACCCGCCUUUUGCAGUCUUCACUGAGUGGGCAUGGACAUGUUUCGCUUAUAUGUACAGUUACUCCUGCAUCAAGCAACAUGGAGGAAACUCAUAAUACAUUGAAGUUUGCAAGCAGGGCAAAGCGAGUGGAAAUCUAUGCCUCACGUAAUAAGAUUAUCGAUGAAAAAUCUUUGAUUAAGAAGUAUCAAAAAGAAAUUUCAGUCCUCAAACAAGAACUUGAUCAGCUAAAGAAGGGGAUGAUUGUUGGUGUUAAUCAUGAGGAGAUUUUGACCUUAAGGCAAAAGUUGGAAGAAGGUCAAGUGAAAAUGCAAUCAAGAUUAGAGGAAGAGGAGGAUGCCAAGGUGGCUCUAAUGAGUAGAAUACAGAGACUAACCAAACUCAUACUUGUCUCUUCAAAGAAUACAAUUCCUGGAUAUUUGAGUGACGUUCCCAAUCAUCAACGAAGUCACUCUGUUGGUGAGGAUGACGGUUCUUUGCUUCUAGAAGGUGAGAAUCAGAAGGAUUCUGCAUCAUCUGCCUUAGUUGCUUCAGCAGAUGUUCCUUAUGAUUUUAAACACAGAAGAUCUUCCAGCAAGUCCAGCAAGUGGAAUGAAGAACUCUCACCAUCUGGCAGUACAAUAACUGAAUCAACUCAAGCUGGUGAACUUAUCAGUGGAUCGAAACUGCCAACUGGAGGGAUAACAAUGUCAGAUCAGAUGGACCUUCUUGUUGAGCAAGUUAAGAUGCUUGCUGGGGAAAUUGCAUUUAGUACCAGCACCUUGAAGCGCAUGGUGGAGCAGUCCGUGAAUGAGCCAGAUAGCUCAAAAACUCAGAUUCAAAACCUGGAACGUGAGAUCCAAGAAAAGAGGAGGCAAAUGAGGGCCUUAGAGCAGCGUAUUAUUGAGAGUGGUGAGGCUUCAAUUUCUAAUUCGUCAUUGGUUGAAAUGCAGCAGACGCUUAUGAGAUUGAUGACCCAGUGUAAUGAGAAGGGUUUUGAGCUGGAGAUCAAAUCAGCAGACAAUCGAAUACUCCAGGAACAGCUGCAGAAUAAGUGUUCAGAAAACAAGGAAUUGCAUGAAAAAGUGAAUAUCCUUGAGCAGCGUUUGUCCUCAGUUGAUAAAUCAUCAAUGUCUUCAGAGCAGUGCAUAUCUGAUGAUUAUAUUGAUGAGUUAAAAAGGAAAAUUCAGUCUCAGGAGAUUGAGAAUGAGAAACUUAAGCUGGAACAUGUUCAGCUUUCAGAAGAGAAUAGUGGGUUACGUGUGCAGAAUCAGAAAUUGGCUGAAGAAGCUUCUUAUGCAAAAGAACUGGCUUCUGCUGCUGCUGUGGAGCUGAAGAAUUUGGCUGGUGAAGUGACAAAGCUCUCUUUACAGAAUGCAAAACUAGAAAAAGAAUUAUUGUCUGCUCGAGAGUUGGCUCAUUCUAGAAGCACUGCUAUGCAAACUGUGAAUGGUGUCAACCGCAAGUACAAUGAUGGAACAAAACUUGGUAGGAAAGGAAGGCUAUCCGGCCGCGCUAGUGAGAUUUCUGGUUUGGUCUGUGAUGACUUUGAGUCAUGGAAUCUUGAUCCAGAUGAUUUAAAGAUGGAAUUGCAGGCAAGGAAGCAAAGGGAGGCAGCACUUGAAGCUGCCUUAGCUGAAAAGGAAUUUGUUGAAGAUGAAUAUCGGAAAAAGGCUGACGAGGCAAAGAAAAGGGAGGAGGCUCUGGAAAAUGAUUUAGCAAACAUGUGGGUGCUUGUUGCCAAGUUGAAGAAAGAGGGGGGAACCAUCCCUGAGUUGAACACUGAUGAGAGGCAUGGUGAUGGAACUGACUAUAUUAGUGAUCCCAAAACCAAUGAAAUUGAAAGUAAUACUGUCCUUCAAGAUAGAACAGUUUUGGAUAUUUCAAAACCAGCUGAUGAAAUACCUAAGGAAGAACCCCUGGUUGUUCGCCUGAAGGCGCGAAUGCAAGAGAUGAAGGAAAAGGAGCUCAAGUACCUAGGAAAUGGUGAUGUAAAUUCCCACAUUUGUAAAGUAUGUUUUGAAUCACCAACUGCAGCAAUUCUUCUCCCUUGUCGGCAUUUUUGUUUGUGUAAAUCUUGUUCGCUUGCUUGUUCUGAGUGUCCAAUCUGUCGCACAGAUAUUGCAGAUAGACUUUUUGCAUUUACUUCUUGACACAAUGCUUUUUAAACCUCCAAAUGAAGGUUUGUCAUCAUUUAUAUGUUUGCUAUUUUCCGUGCAAUAGCGGGUGCGAUUCUUUUAUUAGUUUGCCUGUUUGUAACUAUCCAAAGGUAUAUGCAUACUUUGUUUCUGUAUCCAUCCUCUAGUGGCUGUAAAAUAACACAAUUGAAAAGAAAGACAAAAGAGAUAAGAAUGGUAAAUUUGAAGUUUCAGAUGCAGGAUUUUGCUUUGUUUUUUUUAGCAAGUAGCAGAAUGUUGGUAUCUGUCAAAACUCAUUGACUUGUAUAUAUAAACAAUGUAAGCUUCCACAAGAAGCAUAUAUAUUUUUUUCUUUUCUUGUCAA